AUGACGUUUUUGGAGGACUGCCCCAUACAGCCCCUCAUUCCUCUCUAUUUGCUAGUGGGUGGGGUCACUGGAGCCUUAAAGUUGACGUAUAUUUAUCUACUAUUUGACUCCACCAGGCUGAGGCGGCUUGUGGCCACGGCCGAGGUGAUGGACGACAGAGACGAUGAUGGAUGUCCCUGGAGGCUGACCGUGUGCGGGUGUUAUGUCCACCGCAGCCUCGGCCUCUUCCUCUUCCUCUGGUACAUUCUGGGGACUCACCGGGCCUCCUCUGUUCACCUGCCUGAUUUUAGUCCCGCUUUCCAGCAGCCUCUGCAUCAGUAUUGUGACAAAACCCUGGACCUCUUCGCAGUGGGGGUCAUCCUGGCAGUGGUUGUGUCCACGUGGGGUCCAGAGAAGAAGAUGUAG